GCCCGCAGCAUUUAUAAAGACGGCCUGGAAAAUGCUUGAUACAAACCUCACACUUACAUCGAACACUGUUUUGUUGAGCAUCUGCUGUAUUCUUCCAUGAUGAGAACUGUUGUACCUAUUAUCCUCUUUGUUGCAGUGGCAGGCUUCCACAAUGUGGUGUCUGUGUACCUGGAUUCUGCUGAAAGCAACAAAUCAUCUGAAGAAAUGGAUGCCACAACAUGGGCAUUAACAGGCACUACAGGAAAUCAAGAAGAGAACACCGCAAGUCAGACCGCAGAAACCACAAACACUAUGGGCUACAAACACAAAGAGGAGGAUGAGGAGAAUGUGGAAAGAGGGACGAAAUCCUUAUAUCUGGAUGAAGAAAGGGCAUAUUAUGGGUGCUAGGGUUACUUACUGUUUGGGAAUCUAUAUAUUUUAAACCUGUAUAUCCACCUGGCACAAGGAAACAAACCUGUUCAUGUUUGUGACCUCCUUUCACAAGAUAUCAAGGUUCACUGCUUUUUCAAAUAAAGCCUGAAAACAUUCA